GGUCCUUUAAGUGGGCGUUACCACAGAGCCCCGAGUAUUGCCGAGCUCGCUGGUUGGAUGCCGAGAUGACGGCGGGAGCAACACGGGCGCGGAAUUGACGCAAACGCACUGAAAGAGAAAGGAAACAAAGCACUUUCAUCAGGGGAUUUGGAUGAAGCAGUUAAAUGCUACACAGAAGCCAUCAAACUCGACCCCAAAAAUCACGUCCUAUUCAGCAACCGCUCUGCAGCCUACGCCAAAAAGAAAGAGUUCCCUAAAGCACUGGAAGAUGGCUGCAAAACUGUGGAGCUGAAACCGGACUGGGGAAAGGGUUACUCUAGGAAAGCAGCGGCUUUAGAAUUCCUAAAUCGCUUUGAAGAAGCAAAGAAAACGUAUGAAGAGGGAUUGAGGCAUGAGCCAACAAAUGCACAGCUGAAAGAGGGGCUGCAAAACAUGGAGGCCAGGUUGGCAGAGAGAAAAUUCAUGAAUCCUUUCAAUUCUCCAAACUUGUUCCAAAAACUGGAGUCUGAUCCUCGUACCCGUUCAUUGCUGAGUGACCCCAGCUACAGAGAGCUGAUUGAACAGUUGAAGAACAAACCAUCUGAUCUUGGAACGAAGCUACAAGAUCCAAGGGUGAUGACAACCCUUAGUGUUCUGCUUGGAGUAGAGCUUGGCAAUGCUGAUGAUGAGGAGGAGGAUGCACCUCCUCCCCCACCACCUCCCCAACCUAAAAAAGAGACAAAACCUGAGCCAAUGGAGGAAGACUUGCCUGAAAACAAAAAGCAGGCUCAAAAGGAAAAGGAGUUGGGCAAUGAGGCUUACAAGAAGAAGGACUUUGAGACAGCCCUGAAACAUUAUGGCCAAGCUCAAGAGCUGGAUCCAACCAACAUGACCUACAUUACUAAUCAAGCAGCUGUAUACUUUGAGCAGGCAGAUUACAAUAAAUGCAGAGAUCUUUGUGAAAAAGGGAUUGAAGUAGGAAGAGAGAAUCGUGAGGACUACCGCCAAAUUGCCAAAGCCUACGCUCGCAUCGGCAAUUCUUAUUAUAAGGAGGAGAAAUACAAAGAGGCAACUCAAUUCUUCAACAAGUCGCUGGCAGAGCACAGGACACCCGAGGUUCUAAAGAAGUGUCAGCAGGCAGAAAAGAUUUUAAAGGAACAGGAACGUCUUGCCUAUAUAAACCCAGACCUAGCCUUCGAAGAGAAAAAUAAAGGGAAUGAAAGUUUCCAGAAAGGAGACUACCCGCAAGCCGUGAGACAUUACUCAGAGGCCAUCAAAAGGAAUCCAAACGAUGCUAAACUGUACAGCAACAGAGCAGCUUGCUACACCAAACUACUGGAGUUUCAGCUGGCUCUCAAGGACUGCGAGGAGUGCAUAAGGCUGGAACCCAAUUUCAUUAAAGGUUACACGCGUAAAGCGGCAGCCCUGGAGGCCAUGAAAGAUUACAGCAAAGCUAUGGAUGCAUAUCAGAAAGCAACGGAGCUGGACUCCACUAGUAAGGAGGCAAAAGACGGAUACCAGCGCUGCAUGAUGUCACAGUAUAACCGCAAUGACAAUCCUGAGGACGUAAAGCGCAGAGCGAUGGCGGAUCCAGAGGUGCAGCAAAUUAUGAGUGAUCCAGCCAUGAGGCUUAUCCUGGAGCAGAUGCAGAAGGACCCACAAGCACUAAGCGAACAUCUUAAAAACCCAGUUAUCGCCCAGAGAAUACAGAAGUUGAUGGAUGUUGGUUUGAUCGCCAUCCGGUGAUAAAUUCCACUAUUGUUCCUUUCUCCUUGUUCAGUCGUCCUCCGCGGAGUCUUCUCACUCGCUCGUUCCUUACUGAGAGGCUGUAACGUUGUGCAGUAGCUCUUGGGAAGGACUUGCAGUGUGACUCGGACUUCUUUCUUGUUCCGUCGGCCUCAUGUUCAUGUUUAUCAGCCUGUCAUAUUGUUAAUAAAGAUCAGCACGCCA